AUGGUCAACAGAAAUCUUACAAGGCAGUUGUUCGUGGACUACGAGUGCAGGUCGAGAGGGAAAACGCCUGCUGUGCAGCGGCAGAUUUUGAGAGAAUGGAAUGGCAAAACAGCUGCGCAGAAAGAUCGAUUAGUCAAGUGUCUGCGGCUUGUUCUUGACAGCGACACUGUCGCGGAAGUCCACCAGUUCCACGCGGAGCAGAAACGCCAGUUCGCCAAUAACCACACCAAUACCAAUCAGACUUACCAGGGGUAUUUCGACGCCCACUCCAAGGCAAUAGAAGCCCAAGAGCAGCAUUGUAGGGCCAUCGAUGAGGUGAUUGCUGCAAACGAGAGAUUGUACCUCGAACAAGGCUUACAGCACGGCGAUGCUCAAUCGCUUGCAUAUACAUUUCGGUCGAUAUACGGCGCGAAAUCGCUCGAGCGUCCCCGUGUCGGUCCAAAAAUCGAGCAGCUAGAGCAGCGCAUGGACCGAAUGCGUGUACCACGAGAUGCGGCAGGAAUCAGAAAAAUGCCGGUCAUUUGGCUAUCGAAGCACCGUUACGCUCGAAAAGUGAGGGAAAGAGUUGCCACUGCCACUAAUACUUCCGCCCUCGGGAUACAAACUCCUCACCAAGGCGGCACCUGGACCGCAUGGAGAUGUUUUCAAGGUGGAAUGGCCGUGACUAACCUGUGGAUCCAGUUCGAUGCGAACAAUACUGUCAUAGACAGCGCCGUACGUAAAGAUGCCUUUUACGACAAUGACUGGUUUGACGUGCGUUCCUGGGCUGGCCAGGUCAACAACGAGGGCAAUCGAGUGCCGCUCGAGCUUGCGUGUCACGGAGAGAUGGACAAGGUCACCAGCACAGUUGUUCAGCCGUACCGGCCUCUUGACGCCCAAGCAAUUCAGAACUUUGUCAGGAAAACAACGAGAAGCUAUCGCCUGUACACCGCUUACUGCGAACAUCAUGACUUGCACGAAAUCAUUCAGGAUUACAGCCAGCGCGGUCAGCCGAUCCCUGAGCCGUUCAUCUGGUCGGUCGCCGAGACGCUGAUGGAGUGUGCGUUGGUGAUGGAACGGGGCCACGCGAACGAGCGCUUUCGAGGGUCGGUCGCAAACUGGCAGGAGAUCGUCCAUCGGGAUCUCAAACCGGGCAACAUCUUCAUGACGGCUCCCAAUCCAUACCACUUCCCGGAAUACCCUCAAGCGAGAGUUGGCGACUGGGGCCUGGCGAUCCGCACUUCAAGAGACGACCCAAACAAUCCUCACUGGUAUCAAGGUCCAGGCACGCCAGGCUAUCGCGCACCCGAGCACGACGGGUUCGUGAGCGCGCAGACCCUCCGCCCUCUCGGCGGCAAGAUGCUCGCCUGCACAAACGUGUGGGGCAUCGGCAUCAUCCUCUACUGCCUCAUCACAACCCAAGUCGACCCCGACCAACCCGGCUGGCUCGGCGACCCCCAAGACGAGACGAUGUACUACCCUGCCAACAACGACAAGUACAAGUUCUACAGCCAGGAGCUCAUCGAAGUGCUCAUGGCGUGCCUGACGAUUGACGAAAGCGUACGCGCUGGCCCCGCGCAAUUGCUGAGACAGAUCCGUAAUACGUUGCUGAGACGUGGACAGAACACGCAUAUGGGCAUGAUGGAUGGGACGGCGAGUGAGGUGUUGCAGGCGAUUAAUGCGUUGACGUUCACGCCUGAUCAGUAUGCGCUGGGGAUGGUGCAGGCGAAUUUGCCGGCGCAGCAUACGUGA